CGGCAGAGCGAGUAUUUCUUGAUUGUAAUAUUUUCUACGUCUUGAUGGAGAGAUGCAUAACCUUACUUCCGACAUCGGCGACCACGUAAAGGAGAUAAGAGUCGAGUCACUUUAAAUAAAAGAAAGAUAUCGUGACUGGUGUUUCUCCAGGUAAAGUUAUUGAUCGCAUUUUGACGUCAUACUACAGCUGAAGUUCAACGUGGAUACUGUCAGAACAGAGAAUGUAGGACCGAGGAUGGGGGUGGUCGACAUCCGGCCCACUGAGGAGGGAGGGGGCACUACCCCCCACACUACUGCCCCGGGGCCAGGCCUCAGUACCCUACCACCCUGGUAUAAAGACAAUCAAGUUCUGGUAACUAUUGGUUACGUAAGUGGAGUCAUUGUUUUCGUCAUCUGCCUUAUCAUCACGGUUCUCGCCUGCCGUUUCUGCAAAAAACGACGAAAGUGGAAGAAUGAAUGGGACGAGUCCAAUCGCAUCUUAGAAUCAAAAUCAGCACCCAUCUCAAGAAAUCCUUCUCCAAAACCAACAAAACGGAAAUCGUGUCCGGAUGUUUCGCCGGAUGUGCGUGGAAUCGUUGUCCGGUCUAUGACUAUCGACAACGUUCCGGAUUUUUCUCUUCCGCCGGAGAGAGUCCAGCCCAGAAACAGCUACGACAGUAUUCAGAGCCCGACCAAGCAACACACCACGCACAGUUUUGUGGGUCACGUGCAACCAGAUCUUUAUAAAUCCACAAAUUACUCGGACGAGGACUCGCUCUACUUACAGCCCAGUGAACAUGGCCGACUUUGGUUUUCUGUACUCUGUGAUGUCGCCGUGGAACAACUUCACGUGACCCUGGUCAAAGUUCGAGAAUUGCCAGGGCGAGGAAGAGAUAACGCUCCCAGGGACCCCUUUGUUAAAAUAUUUCUUCUUCCAGACGAACGUAAUUGUAAAGUAUCCAAAGUCCGCAGGAAAACAUUGGCCCCAGUGUACAAUGAAAGUUUUACUUUUCAGAUAUCUCCUGAUCAAAUGAAAACCCGAGUGUUACGUUUCUCUGUUUAUGACGUCGACAAGAGGCGAGUGCGCCAUUCCUUGGGUCAUAUAUUGGUUCCUCUUCAAGACAUUGACCUCACUAAAGGUGAUCUCAUGUACCGAGAUCUGGAACUAAAUUCACAGGUUCACACGACAAUGGGAGAAAUAAAUAUAGGUCUUACUUAUCUACCUAGUCUUGAGAAAAUUAAAGUGGUGAUAAUAAAAGCCAAAAAUCUCAGACAGAUCGACAUCGAUCAAAACAAGCAUGUCUUUGUGAGGAUCCAGAUGUUACACGGUCGUAAAGUGUGCAAGACAAAGAACACCAUGCAACAUCGAGCGUCCACAGAACCCACAUUUAAUGAAUCGUUUUCUUUCUCAGUGUCAGGAAAGACAGUAGAUACAUGUAGUUUUGAAAUUUCGUUGAUGACGUCUACGAAGACACCGUUUAGUCAUGACGAAAUUUAUGGAAAGACUGUGAUUGGUUCGUUCAUGUUCGCGCGCGGAAACGAACUUCUGCAUUGGCAGGAGAUGAUAAACCACCCUCGAUCGUCUGUUGUAAAGUGGCACCAGCUGUCAGGAGUUACCCACCAUACAUAAACUAUUGAUCAAGCUAAGACAGGGUCACAAAUAAUACAAUCAAAGGAGAGAAAUAUAUCCAGAGAUUUACUGUAUAUGUGUAACAUAUUCAUGUGUUGUGUACCACUGGGUCAAUUCCCAACCUUAAAAUGGCGAAUCUGAACAACUCGCCAAGUCUAUGAUUGUGGAUUUUUCUUUGGACUGAAACCACAAAAUGCUUUCUUCAAGGGAAUAAUUUUCUUUAUUGUUUUUUGACACGUAUAAAAUUAAAGCAACAUGAAAAUUUUUAUAAUAGUUACAUGUAUGACAAAGAAAUGCUGGUCGUAGUUCUGUUAGUGAUAAAUAUUUCUUUAAAAAUGUGUCUAUUAAAUUCAAUACAUUUAUGUGA